AUGGUGAGCAUUACAUCUUCUUACAUGGUCAUUCCAAGUGAAGCCACUCCAAAUGGUAGCCUCGUGUUAUCUGAUAGUGAGCAAAUUAAUGCUCACACUCACUCACUCACUAUCUACAUUUACAGGGAAAAUCACAAGCCCAAUCUCAAAAUCCAUAACAUGAUUGACACAAUGAGAGACUCUCUUGGCAAGAUCUUAGUCCACUACUACCCACUAGCUGGCCGUUUACGCAUGAUAAGUGGUGGCAGAUUUGAAGUGGAUUGCAAUUCAAUGGGUGUAAAGCUAUUGGAAGCCGAAUCCACAAGAGCACUAGAUGAGUAUGGUGACUUUGAACCUAAUGACACAAUCAGCGAGCUUCUUCCAAAAGUUGAUUAUAGUGAGCCUAUGGAGAAGUUGCCACUCUUGCUGGUACAGUUGACAAGGUUCAUCUGUGGUGGCCUUUGUGUUGGCUUUGUCAUUUCCAAUGUCAUUGUUGAUGGAAUUGCUGGCACUCUCUUUGUCGAUUCAUGGGCUAAGCUUGCGAGAGAAGACAAUUUUGAACUUGUAUACUCAUCAGUCGCGUUGGAAUUUCCAAUAGGUAGCUUGGAGAAAGAUGAGAUGCCAUUUUUAAAUCGAAUGACUUUAAGAUCUGAGGCAACCCUUAAUAAAGCACUACACUUUGACCACCCAGAAUUCAGGCCUUUGCCUCUUAUACUAGGCAACUCUGACACCACAUUGGAGCAUAAGAAGGAGACAACACUGGCAAUGAUGAAACUCACAAGAGAAAUGGUGGGAAAGCUGAAAAAGAGAGCCAAUGAGUUCAUGGAAGGUGAUGAGACUGUGGUGCAUCGUCGACCUUAUAGCAGAUAUGAAAGCAUUGCUGCUCAUAUUUGGAAGUCAGCAUGCAAGGCUCGUCAUGGUUAUCACAAUCAACCAACGGUGGUUCAGAUUGUUACUGGUACUCGAAACAGACUAAAGCCACCACUUCCUCUAAACUAUUUUGGAAACGCAACACAUCCAACAGUGACACACACAUGCCUGAGUGGGGAUAUUGUGUCAAAACCAUUGAGCUAUGGGGCACAUAAGAUAAGAGAAGCGAUUGAAAUGGUAACAGAUGAGUAUUUGAGGUCAGCGUUUGAUUUUAUAGGGAGUCAGCAUAAUGUGGCAUGUCUUAGACCCUCCUUCAACUAUUUAGGGUGUGUGGAAAGCCCAUUUCUUGGGAAUCCUAACCUUAACAUUUGGAGCUGGAUGAGUAAUAUGCCACUUUAUGGACCUGAUUUUGGGUGGGGAAAGCCUGUGUAUAUGGGUCCUGGUGUUGUGAAAGGAGAUGGAAAGGCAUUCAUCAUGCCAAGUCCAAUAGGGGAUGAGUCUAUUUCCAUAGCCAUUCGUUUACAAAAUGCUCAUAUGGAAGCUUUUAAGGAGUUCUUCUACCGAGACAUAUGA